AUGGAGAACRRGAAGCAACAAUCUGGAGGUUCUUCGUCUUCAUCAUUUGCUGAAACUCUAUUUGGUCCUAAGGACGGCGGCGCCUCUUCCUCUGGCCUGUUUGGCUCUGUUUUUGGCCCUUCUUCCACGGGUCUAGGAAAAGAGUCAUCUCACUGUAAGUACACAGGAUCAUCGAAAAAACAGGAUUUUGGAAAUCCCAAACAUUCAACAACAGAUUUGAAAACACAAAGAAACAAGGGUGAAAAGGAGAGGAAUCCAAUAUACCAAACUGAAACAGCAGAACCAAGAUAUCUUAGUUCAUCCAUCUACUAUGGUGGCCAAGAAGUUUAUCCUCCAACUAGCCACAACACUUGCUUUCAGCGCACCGUGAGUAUCUCCCACAUCUCCGUUAACAGAAAGAACAACAAACACUUUGGAAUUAACAGUGUUUAA